UUAAUUUUUCUUUAUUUCACUUCAUACUUGUAGCCUAGUUUUGUAGCAGUUUGUCAACAGAAACAAAUUGUACAUUAUAUAGCAAGGCAAAAUGCAUGGAAUUAUAGCCAUCAUGCUUUUUGUGAGCGUGCUCCAGUCUUUUGCACAAGAUCAUAACCCAGGAGAAGUGAAAUUAUUGAUCGUCACUGUGGCAACAGAACAAAAUGAUGGUUAUAAAAGAUUUAUGCAUACUGCUAAAUACUUCAAACAUGAUGUUUUGGUUCUGGGAAUGAAUGAAAAGUGGCUUGGCGGCGAUUUGGUAAAUUCAGUUGGGGGUGGACAAAAAGUUCUUUUUCUUCAAGAGGGAUUAAGAAAAUAUAAAGAUUCUGAAGAUCUUGUAAUCAUGUUUACUGACAGCUAUGAUGUAAUCUUACUUGGAGACACAGAAAAUAUUUUGAACAAAUUUUUCGAAUUGAAUGCAAGGAUGGUUUUUUCAGCUGAGAAUACAUUGUGGCCUGAUAAAAGUUUACAGAGUAAAUAUCCAGUAGUCCAAAGAGGAAAACGCUUUUUAUGUUCUGGUGGAAUCAUCGGAUAUGCCAAAGAAUUUUGGAAAACGAUUAAUCAAUGGAAAGUUUCUAAUACAGAUGAUGAUCAAUUAUAUUAUACUCAUGUUUAUUUGAAUGCUACUUUAAGGACUGAACUGAAUGCAACAUUGGAUCAUACCAGUCAUAUAUUUCACAACUUAAAUUUUGCUAAGGAUGAAAUUGAUCUUGAAGUUCAAGACAAAAUGAUGGUCAUUAAAAACACUAAAUAUGAUACGAUCCCACCAGUUAUCCAUGGCAAUGGACCAUCAAAGUUUCAUCUUAAUUAUCUUGCGAAUUAUGCACCUGAUGGUUGGCACCCUGAUCAUGGCUGUCAGAAUUGUGAAGAUGAUCAAAUUAUUUUUGAAUUCGAAGACGAGGAUUCAACUCCACAUGUUAUGAUGGGUAUAUUUGUCAUUGAGGGAACACCAUUUCUAUCAAAAUUUUUCGAACGAAUUGCCAACAUAAGUUAUGCAAAAUCAAGAAUAAGUCUAUUCAUUCAUAUCACGGACAAAGUCGAGGAAAGAACAGUUUCCCAAUUUCUAAUGAAAUACAGAAGCUCCUAUAACAAUGUACACACUAUAUCAUAUCAUGAUAACAUUGAUGAUUGGACUGUGAGGAACUCAGCUGUUGAUCACUGCCUCCUGAUAAAGUGCGACUACUACUUCAGUAUUGAUUCAAAUGUUCAACUGACAAAUGCUAACACUCUCAAGUAUUUGAUGAGAAAGAACAAGCAGAUCAUUGCACCUUUGGUAAAAAGACCUGGAAAAUUAUGGUCCAAUUUCUGGGGAGCUUUAAAUCUCGAUGGUUUUUAUGCUCGAUCUGAUGAUUAUAUGGAUAUUGUCAACAAUGAAAGAAUUGGUGUAUGGAAUGUCCCUUUUAUCAGCUCUGUGUAUUUGGUGAAAGGCACCACUUUGAAAAAUUUAGCAGAAAAAGUUCCGCAACCUUAUACAUAUGGAAAUUUUGAUUCUGAUAUGGCAUUUUGUGCAAAUGCAAGAGAUAAGAUUUUGUUCCUGUACUUGUCCAACGAAGCUAAUUUUGGAAGACUUCUAUACAUUGAUGAAGAGAAAACUAAAAAGAGAAGAAUCAAUGCAGAUUUAUGGGAAAUUGAAAUCAAUAAGCCGGACUGGGAAGAAAAAUAUCUUCAUCCAGAUUUUUGGAAGGCUCUUGAACCAGAUACUAAAGUUCAAGAACAAUGUACAGAUGUUUAUACUUUUCCACUGAUGACAGAUGCAUUUGCUGAUCAGCUUGUUGGUUUGGCGGAAAACGCUAACAUGUGGUCUAACGGAAAAAAUGAGGAUCCCAGAAUCGCUGGUGGAUAUGAGAAUGUACCUACUGUUGAUGUUCACACAAAUCAGUUAGGUUUCGAAAAGGAAUGGUUGCAUUUAAUGAAACAUUAUAUCACAAAAAUUGUUGAUAAAGUGUUCCCUGGAUACUAUUCAAAAGCAUUAUCGACAAUGAUGUUCAUAGUUCGUUACAGGCCAGAUGAACAAUCAUUUUUAAGACCACACCACGACUCUUCAACUUGGACAAUGAACGUCGCAUUGAAUUCUCAAGGAAUAGAUUAUGAGGGCGGUGGAUCUAACUUCAUAAGGCAAAAUUGUUCUGCAAAAAAUUUACCGAAAGGUUGGGCCAUUAUACAUCCAGGAAGAUUGACCCAUUAUCAUGAAGGUUUGCCUACUACAAAGGGCACAAGAUAUAUAUUUGUCUCAUUCAUGGAUCCCUAAAUAUCUCUGAAGCCGAGGAAUAAAGAAUCAAUCACUCAUGUGUCUUCAUUUUUACACAUUGUUUUAAAAACUUUUCUGCUGUAAACAUAUAGCGAAUUCACUGGCAUUUUUAAUAAUCGCUUUUACAUCUGCGCGAUGCAAAAACACAGUUGAUGAUAUAUUUCUGGUGCAUUUUGUAACCAACCAUACUUUUAACGAUUAUGUAUAUCAGGGCAUCAAUUACCCUAAAUUGCUGGUUAGGUUGCACGAUUUUUAUUACAGUAUUUUUACUUAUCAUCAUUGAGUAUUCUAACAGUAUUUUUUUUAAUUUACAACCUAUUUUUAGUCUGAUAUUCGCAAGUGCCAAGCCUUUUUCAUUCAUGAAUCAUGCCUGUUAUAUUAUCUGCCGCUUUUAUUUGAAAUUUUAGUCCACAAUGGAAUAACUUUCAUCUGUUUGUAUGUCAUAUAGGCUUCUUUUUUGUCUUGGAACACAACUAUGAUUUCCUAUUUCUUGACGAUUAUUUCUCUCGUAACUUUUCCAUUUUCAAGUGUCAAUGAUUACGGUAGACUUAUUCUUAUACUAUUUUAUGCCACACCUUUGCUUAACUUGUACAAUAAUGCUGAAUACUAAACUGACCCGCUAUAUAUUAACAGAGGGAAUUAUAUUUUGUAAAUAACCAGUUCGAGAUCAAAGUUCAAGACUUUCAGCCUGAUUGAUUUAACUCAAUCAACUUAAUAUGUGAGAAACCCCAAGAGAGUUCUGCGUGUAGAGAGCCUUGCUCAGAGAAAAAUUUUAAAUGAUCAAUGAAAUGUUUUUCUAAUAUAAUGAAAUAUUUAGUGAAUGUUAAGUAUCAUUUUUUUUUUGGCUUUCCGCCAAUUAACUUUCACCGCCUAAAACGUUAGCAUUGCCUAAUGAUCUAAAAUAUUUCGAUAUAUAUUUUUGUCACUUAUGUCAGAUAUUCAAACAUUGCUGAGUAGAGUUGGCAUCAUUCAUUACUUAUCGAUCUUGAUCGGUAAGUAUGUUGAUAGGUAUUUGUCUGUUUGUCUGUUAGAUGCACGCGAUAUCUCACGAAAGCGAGGUUGAAUCUGCGUUGCAUGUGCAUUCAUCAUAUCUCGGAUCAGAAACCUAUUGAUUUUGGAUGAAUUAUGUCGUAUAAUUAGCGAGUUAUCAAUUAAUUGAUGAUGGGACACAUGGUGUCACUGUGGAGUGAGAGCGAAGAAAUCGAAACUGCAGUUUCUGUAUUGGGGGAUCCCCUAACUUUCGAUCGAUAAGUCUUCGGUCUACUAAAUAGUAAUUUUGAAAAUAGACUUCUAUUUUGGAUUGUGCUAUCAAAGUUGAUUGUCAAACAACGGAGCAAUGACGUAAUAACGAGGGUAGAGAACAGAGUCUGCUGAAAAUAUCGGCGGACUAGCAACAUGGAAUAAGUGUUUCUAUAUUUAAUUAAACUGCAACUACAAAUAUUUUAGUGAAAUAUCUGGUCCCACAGGAAUGGCUUUAUAGCAAUUAAUUCUAACUUUAAAUACUAAUUUAAUUGAAAUCCAAUGGUCCAUUAGUUGCACCGAGAAGCGAUUUUUCUUGACAACAAAAAUUUAACAAAAUGGUCCACUUUCUUUGAGACAGAAUAAAUCAUUAAUCCAUCUAAAACAGUUCCCACCAAAGCACGGUUUUUUGUAUUCGUCAUUUUGUUCAGCACUCAUCAUCCGUCUGUUACAUUAGUUCAUAUUUUAUUUUUGUAACGAAUACUGUAACAUAACAAUUUAAUAAUUUACCAGUUCAAAGACAGAUGCAUUAUGUUUAUUCUUUGAUCUGUUUCGCUUCCGCUCUCAUUUGUCUGGCUAUACAAACUGUCUGCAAAACAUAGAAUAAACUGUUGAACUUAUUGGCCUUUGGAAAAAAAGCAAUUUGAAUGCUACAGCGUGCUGUGAACGAUUAGUGAACUGAUCAAUACCGAGGAUAUUCCUAUCGUUUGGCCGUCCUGUAAUUCUUUUUGUCACUAAUGCUAAAAUGAAAAAUUUUAAGUUUACGUUUCAAGAAAAAUGACUAUUGUUGGAUUAGUUAUAAAUCUUCUAAAAAGAAUGAAUUCUCAUGUGAAGCAACAAUUUGGAUGGUAUUCUGGUUGUAUUGAAUAUCCUCUUCGAGUUGAAUACACGUUGUUUUGUUUUUAUAUUUUUAAUUUUGUGAAUAUUUUAUACGCUUUGGUGCCAUUCAGUGUAUUUUAGUAUUUUAUAGGUUUUUUAAUAUCAAAUAUGACGGGAACUCAGACCUAAAAGUUUUACUGAUAGGCCGUAGCCUGCAUUAUAAUGCACGAGUGUCAUAUUUCUUGCUAAUAAACACCUUCCAUAUGAAA